AUGCGCUUCGAUGUCUCCAAUCGGGUGCUCCUCCGGGGCACCCAGCAGGUGGCUUUUUUGGCUAGGCUUAGAUUUACAGGCGUAAAGUGGUGUGUAUGCCGGGUUUCAUAUGUUCCAGGCUUUGUAUGCUCGAAUUUCACGUCUUCGCGCACAUCUCGAGCAACGCAUCGAGCCUCUCGACCUGAAGAGUUCAUGGACGAGGAAGACAUGCAGCAAGCUGCCCAAAGCAGGCUCAUGCAGAGAAUCGUAGGGGAACAGCAACAUGGUGAAGCAGAGAAGCGAACAGUUGGAGCAUCGUACUCAAGAGAACCCGCACCGAUAUCAUCCUCCUGGUCUCGGGUUGAAGGGGCAAGCGAAGGCUUGCCCGUUUUCUUGGGUGCAGGUGAGAAAGGAUCACGCGAGAAGGAGGAACAGCAUUGUUGCAGAAGGAAUAAAGCAAAGGGUUUGCAGGACAAGGGGCUAAAGCGCAUUGUUUUUAGGACCCGGUUGUCUGUGCUCGGUGUGCUAGUGUUUCUGCCUGCAGGGCGGGAUGGCUUUGCGAUGCAGCCUCAGUGGUGCAUGCAAUCCAUGCGACGUCACCAGUGGAUUCAUCGAAUGAUGCACAGCUUCAGGAAAGGUGGUAGCAACAGCAGUAUUUCGGCGUCUAUCCUCGAAGAAGCGCUUCGCGAAGCUGAAGGAGAGACAAACGCCAAGGGUCCACAGUUGCCGCGCCACGUGGAGGCAGUAAGAAGGCUCAUGCGGCCGGAGUUGAGUGCCCAACAGGAACGCAGCCGAGAGGAUCGUGCUUCAGAGGCUGGUAGGUGUGAAGGAGCUGGCGAAGGUAUUGCGCAUGCUGCAGCUCCCACUAACGCAGAAGCCGCAGGUCUUUCUGCCAUGCUUGCGGCCGAGGCCCGGGCUUCAACAGCAGAAGGAGACAACUGGGGCGAGCCAGCUAGUCAGAGACUUCUUCGAUUGCAACCACUAGGCCCUCACAGACUUGGUCUGGGGUUUCAUAAGCUGCUCGCCGAUCAGGGCAGCCUGCCACUCACUUCACCUCUGCAUAGGGAGACAGACAUCACGGCAGAUGCUCGCAAAAGCUUCAGUAGUAGGACAAGGACGGAACCGCCUCAAGUGAAAGCAGUGGGCGACACGCUGGAUAUUGAUGUCCGACAGCCUCGUACAGGCAUAAGGAACUACGCUCUCGAUGAUGACGAAUUGGACGAGGAACUUUAUGCCACCACGGCCCCUACCAGCACUCUCUACGAUUUUGAAAGCCUGGCUGAGUCAGGGGAGGGACGCAGAGUCAUGAAGGAGCCGGCAAAGAUUCAUGACGUGGAAGAGAAGGAGCGGCUACAACUGGCUGCCAAAGCGGCUGCUGAAGGGGCCGUUGUCGUAUCUGAGGAUGAACAGGUAGAGGAGAUUAGGGGGGAAGGGGACGAGCAAGGGGUGGCUGCUGUGCUCCAGGAGGAGCACUUAGACGACCGAGAAUGGGUUAUUGAGACGUUCUGCAACUUGCCCUUACCACCGGUGCCUGAAGGUUUUGAUGGCAUCCAUGUGGCGACAGAGGCAGAUGAGGCACACUAUUCUCUGGGGGAUUGCAACACCUUGGCAGAUGAGGCAGAAGGGUGCUUGGGGGCGCAAGCUCAGGGAAGCUGGCAAAAGAACGCGGAAGCUGUGGGGAGAUGGAAUCUCUCUAGUGACAACCUUCGAAUACUUAGGGGGGGCGUCGAUAAUGCAGCGGCCGAAAGCGCAUACUAUCAUACCGCAGGAGCGGUCCCAGCUUCUCAAGUGCAGCCAUUGUGGUCAGGAGUGACGGCAAGCACCCGUUCAUCCCUCGUGAAACAGCUUGGAGGAAGGAAUAUGCAAUGGGUAAAGGAAGGAGAUGAAGAAGCUGCUGCUGCUCUUGCUCGGCAGCCCGUAUGGCUUCAGCAGCAUCAAGAGCAACUCCUUCGCAGAAACCAGCAACACCGAAUGCACCAGCAAAUCUUGCAGAUGCGUCACCGCCUCAACUGUCUGCGGCUAGCCUUUGUGGCCGACCCCGAGACACAAGCACGCUUUGAGGUGUACAUAAAUUUGCGGGUGAGUCACUACUUAGAAAAGAGUAAAACUCAGUUGGACCUUUGGUGUGAUGACGUGCAGGACGCCGAGGCCAAAGCGGGAAAGGCUUCUCUCCCGUCCGAAGGUGUUGAUGCACCAACAUCUGGAUCACUAGCAUCACCAGGAACACCAGCGAAUUCGGCAUUACAGGGGGAGGCUCUAAGAGUUGAGACAUCCGCAGUGGCCACUACCGCUAAUGAACUUCUGACAUCAGGAGCUGUUCAAACACAGCUGCCGCCAGCUGAAGCUUCUUGUGUCGCCAACGUGCCUUUAUCGGAGAACGCGGCUUCCACCGGCAACAUUUUGACUACGUCCGAAGAAGUUUGCGGGAUUGAGGAGGUAAUCGAGUCGUCAACUUCUGGGCAAGCAGCUGGCAAGUCCCAGUCAAGAGAUUGCUCAGUCAAUGCUAUCUCUGCCGCUCUCAGAGCUGUUGCCGCGAUCAACGCAGGAGUACCGCCAGAUAGAGUCGCAUCCCAUCUGCUCAAGGAGCCUAGCCCGCUUGCGGAGAGUAGCCACGCCCGUGUGCUGAAAGAAUGUUUCAGGAAUCUCGGUCCACUACAGGGAGCCGCGCUGAUGUGCAGAGGGCCUGCUGAAACUGCUGUUUUUACCGCUGCUUACCAACGGAUUGUCGAGCAGCGCCAGUUGUUGCGUGAGCAAGAAGCAGCGCAGAGAACUCUGCAGCAGGAUUCACUUGCCCGCUUAGGCAUUUUGACAGAGCACAAUGUAACCGACGCUACCACGCCUAAAAGGUCUCUCGAAGGUACUAGCUCCUUGGCGCAAAACAUGUCAGAGAGGAGUAGCUCCUUCCGUCCAGUAUCAGUUGGAUUCUGUACGAUGCUUCCUCUGCUGUGCUCUCACCGGAAAACAUCCGUCUUCGUACCUUCCCCCCGCCUCUGCAAGCUGUGGGGUAUUGCCGACCCGUGGGCAAAUGUAGCACAAGUAGAUCUGUUACGUCUACUAAGAGAGCAACAGGUGGUGCCAGAUCGUGGAAACGAAGGCCAGCGUCCUCAUGAUGGAGGUGCCGCUGCACAGAUGAACACGACACCCGCAGCUGCUUCAGGAAGACUUCAGCCGCCUGUACACGUUGUACGCCUUUCCGAGAGCGAACAAGCAGUGGGUGAUGAUUUCGGCGUGGGUGACCUUGAGCUUCCAGAAGGCGGAAUUCUAGAUGAGCCGAAUGCGAAGAGCCUGGGGUUGUUCAAAUUAUCUGGUGUCAUGAGAACAUUUAUGGGGGGAGGAGGCGAGGGCGCAUCCCUUGAAAAAUGUUUUCUGAGUAUUCGUUCAUGGGCUAAAGUUAUUGCUGCGUUGCAGGCGAUCUUCGAUAUGGACGACAGUGACGGGGAGGAAUCUUGA